GAAGAAAAAAAGAAAAAAUCAAAAAAGAAUUCCAAGAAAAUCCAGACGAGCAUUCAAUCGCAGAAAAAUUUUCAUCAGGCUUGUUCCCCUCCCCCGGCACAAUCGAACGAGAGACAGCGAGAGCUCCUCCGUCUUGAACUGGCGCUCUGUAGUAAUGCGCCAUUGGAGCGUCUAACCCGGUAGAGGAAGUCGACGGUAGCACGCUCGUUCCUGUUCGCAGACUGCGUUGUCCGACAAAGUAGCCCCCGACAACCGUUCGCCAUGGUCCUGGGCAAUUUCUCAAGCUCCUAUGACAAUGGAGUCACCACCACCACGACAGUUACACAGCCCAAGAUGGCCAGGACGACUGUCGUGCGCAAGAAGUUCGCCAAACCGCCUGUCAAGGUAGCCUGUCUGUCCUGUCGCGCGUCGCGCACACGCUGUGAUGGACAGGAUCCAUGCUCAAAUUGUCUUGGCAAGAAGAAGAAAUGCUCUUACAUGCCCAGCAAGCGCGGUGGUCCAAGGAAGAAGAAAAGGUCGUCCAUCCCGACAGUCCAGCAGGAUGACUUGUCGGACUCGAAUAUUCCACCCCCUUCGACCGGCUUUGACGAUUCCCCGGGGAUGUUCGGUCAGAUCGAUGUGCUUUCCAUCCCGGGUGCAGGCCUGAGGAGUUUGGAUUUCACUUCCGAUGUCCACACCAUGUUCGCCGAUCUAUUUGCUCCAAAUGAUGGACCCAGCUCUCAUGCUCAGAUGGAGCCGACUCCUUCGCCAUCGAGUGUAUCGUCGCCGUCCUUGGUCAGGGCAUACGCUCAUGAGCACGAUAUACUUAAUGCCUACUACUUCUUCAUCCAUCCAUAUUUCCCUCUUCUCCCCCCAAGAGUGUUGUCGCCAUCCCCCGACGUUCCAAUGGAGGGGGCUGGAUCAUACUCUGAUUCCCCAUCCGAAGAGCCUGUCUUGGUAUACAAGCCACGCUCUCCUCUUAGUCUCGCACUAUCCGCUAUUCUGGCCCUUGUCCCGCAUCCAAAUGACAUGGAGCCGUCGUCUCCGAUUUCGGUCAUCCGUCGCAGGGCCUACGCUCAUACGUUUGCACAAUUGGCCAAUGCUAGUAUCGAGGCCGAUUGUGAGCUUCAAGCCUCAUCUACGGACCCCUCGCAGGCUCUGUCGGGGGAUCGGCCUGCAAUCGACCGCGAGCCGUUCCAUUCUCGAACGCCAGUGGAACUCGAGAGCGUCCUCGCCCUCUUGAUCCUUUCCAUCUACGAAUAUACCCAGCGAGGCAAUCUUCUCAAAAUGCGGUACCGUGCCGGCCAGGCAUUAGCCAUCGCAUUGGAUAUGUCUCUUCACGCUUUGGGAGAGGAGCAUGACGAAUUUGCGGAAGCGCGGAGAAGAGCGUGGUGGAUGACGUAUUAUUGUGUUUUGCAAGGAUCCAUUGUCAGCACGACGCCACUUUCGAUCGUUGCUAACGACCCGCAAUUCGUAACACCUUAUCCGCGAUUUUCUGCAGAUCCAGAUGGAUGGUCCGUUCUGAUGCAAGCUCAACAAGUCCUUGUCUCGGCGACCCAGUACAUUAUCGACUUGAACAAGUGUAUCGCAACGAGAACAAACAUGCACUACAUAUAUGAACGCAUGCGACAACUUGAUGCUUGGGCUAGUUCUGCGCUGGCGCAGUCCAAUUUGCUCCCCAUCGUUCCCCAAUCUGCAAACCGCGUUGGCGAUAUCGAGUACGCCACAGCUCAAAGCAUUCGAGCAAUCUCGCGCAUCAAGAUAUCCAGUGCACAAAUCAAAAUCCAUCGUUUUAGGGCAUUCUCGGACAUUCCAAUCUUCAUCAAGAAACACUGCGAUCUCACUGCCGCCAACGCCAGCAGCACGGCCCCGGGGAAUCAAACCAAGCAAGCGAAGGCUCUUAGCGGGAUCAACACCAUUCAGUGUUCAUGUGGAGGGUUGGAACCACCCCAGCAGCCUUCGAGCGAGCUCACCCCCUCAUCGAUGUCCUCGGCAUCAUCGGAUUACAACUCGAUGUCGCAAUACUCGUUCACGAACGGAUUCCCGUACAGCAGUCAACACUCGGCAAAGAUAUGUCUUCGGGCAGCUCUUCUCAUCUCGCACAUGUUCCAAAGUCUCCCGCUGCCAGAACCGCUAGGCGAAGGAAGUAAAAGCCAGCAGGGCAUGUCAUUAAUGCCGUCAACUGAACUACCGCGAACCAUGCCAUCGUUCGCCUGCUGCUUGAUGCAGGGCAGCUAUGCCAUGUUGAUGAUCUUCUACAAAGCGCGAGUAGAGAAGCAAAUGUCGCCAGAGUAUGGGAACAAAUCCCCAGACAAUCCCUCUGAUCGACUCAUCGAAGAGAUCCGCCAAGGACUAGAACGCAUCAUUGCCACCGUGUCCAAUUACGCGAUUGCUUUCGAGGCGCUGGAUGGCAUGAGAGAUGAAAUCGAAGGCGCAUAUCACACGGCGUUUCCGGCAACGUAGAGUUUCUUGAUUCUUCCCUCUUUUCUUCCCCUCCCCACUUUCACUUCUCCUAUUACUUUUUCUCUCCUCUUCUUCUUCCCCAUUUUAUAUAAUAUAGUUUUUCA